AUGGCGACUACAAGCGAAAAGGCCAGCAAGGACCUUUUAUUGAAAACUCCGCCGCCCGACGACAGGAGAAACCGCAAGGUAGAACCCUCUGCAAGAUACAGCAUAGGCAGCAUCGGCCUGUUUUUAUCGCUCUUGCUCGCCGCGUCGCUUGCUGCGCUUGGCCUGCGGGCCCAGCAACAGCAUCUGCAGCAGCACCUUGCCGUCGCUGAUUCACAGACAUACUGCUACGACAGCGUACAGACACUAGACAGUGACCUGCCGGCCGCGCAGUGCUUCACCGUAGCGGACGGCCUCUUUACCGCCGUCACACAACGGGCGCAGAAGCAGGAGGUGAAACAGCACGGCGAGCACAGCGCCGCCGGGCAUGUGAUUCCGGGGCUGUGGGACGGCCACGGCCACCUGAUUGACCAUGGCGAGACGCUGGUGCAGGUCGACCUCUUUGGCGCCACGACGCUCGACGAGGUGCGCGCGCGGCUGCGGGACUAUAUCCGGAAACAUCCUGGCGCGGGCACCAAGGAGCGGUGGCUGCGCGGCAUGGGCUGGGAUCAGACCGAUUUUGGCCAGAUGCCCACUGCCGCCGAUAUUGAGCAGGACCCCGCCCUCCGCGGCAUCUAUCUCUUCGUCGACCGCAUCGACGGGCACUGCUCCCUUGUCUCUCAAUCCGUCCUCGACCUCCUGCCCAACCCCGUCCCCGACAUUCCCGGCGGCGACGUCGUGCGUGAUCCCGGCCCGGGCGUCUUUUGCGACAAUGCGCUCGACAUGAUCAUGGCGCGCUGGCCGCGUCCUGACGACGCCACGCGCGCCGGGUAUGUGUCCACCGCCAUGCGCGCCCUCAACGCCGUCGGCCUCGUCGGCAUCCACAAUGCCGGCACGGACCCCGAGAGCGUGCGGCUGCUCGCGCGCCUCGCCGACGGGGACGCGUGGACGGUGCGCGUGUACGCGAUGCGCGAGUGCGCGGCGCGCAACACAUUUUGCGCAGAGGACGCCGAGAUGCUGGAGCGCAAGGACGGGCGUCUGACUGUCCGCAGUGUCAAACUCUUUGCCGACGGCGCGCUCGGCAGCUGGGGCGCCGCCAUGCUCGAGCCCUACACCGACGACCCCAGCAGCAGCGGCUUCCUCCUCAUCAACGAGACGGCGCUCACGGCCGUUACGCGGCAGUGGGCCGCUGCCGGCUUCCAGGUCAACGUCCACGCCAUCGGAGACCGCGCUAACCGCGUCGCCCUCGAUGCCUUUGCCGCCGCUCUCCGAGACCACUGCGGCGUCGGCGACAAAGGAGACACUGACCCGGCUGUCUGCGAGCAUGACCGCCGUUUCCGCCUCGAGCACGCCCAAAUCAUCGCGCCCUCUGACCAGCCACGCCUGCGCUCUCUGCGCGUUGUGCCGUCGAUCCAGCCCACGCACGCCACCUCGGACAUGCGGUACGCGGAGACGCGACUCGGCGCGAAGCGCACAGCGAACGCCGCGUACCGGAUGCGGUCCUUUCUGGACCUGCAACCCGUGCUGGGGAGCGACUUUCCUGUGGAGCCGCCGAACCCGUUUCAUGGCAUGUACGCGGCGGUGACGCGGCGCAGCCCGGCGACGGGGUUGGGGCGGCGCGUGGAUGGUGAUGACGAGGAUCAAGGGAAGGAGGGGGGGUGGCACGAGGAGGAGGCGCUGACGCUGGAGCAGGCGCUGUGGGGGUUCACGGGGGCGCCGGCCCGGGGGGCAUUCUUGGAGGGCAAGGCCGGGCAGAUACGAAGGGGCGCGUACGCGGACUGGGUGGUGCUGGACAAGAGGUUGGGGGGACCAGGGUUCGACCUGGAGAGCUUGCGGACGCUGCGCGUGAGGGAGACCUGGGUGGCGGGCAAGCGCGUGUAUAAAAGAGAUGAUUGA